AUGGAAUCCCGUUCUCUCCUUGUUACCGGCGUCUCUGGGUAUAUUGGAGGCGCCGUCUUGUCUGCCAUCCUGAAGACCAAAGAUCCCUGGGCCAAGGAUCUGAAGAUAUCAGCCCUGGUUCGCACCGAAGCACAGGCCGCAAAGAUCAGAGGCCUGGGAGUAACGCCAGAAUUAUGCUCAAGCUUCGAUGAACUGGAUAAGCUGGAAAACAUCGGUGAACAAAUUGAUAUCAUCAUCCACGCUGGGUCCGGAUGGCAUACGCCCUCUGCGAAAGCGCUGAUCAAAGGACAAGGUACACGGCGCCAAAAGACUGGCAACAGGGUGCAUUAUAUCCAGAUCUCAGGCACAUCGAAUCUGAGUGAUCGCCCGUAUACUGAAGGGUACAUCGACAAUCACGUUUUCUCAGACGAAGAAGAUAUCUUCUCGUAUGAGAAAUACCGGGAGUCUCGUGAAGUGUACUUUCAACGAACCACGGACAUUGCCGUGGUGGAGGAUGGGGAGGCUUUCGGAGUGACCACGUACAUUAUAAUGGCGCCGACCAUCUUUGGACUUGGAAGUGGCCCAUUCAACCGCUUCUCCAUGCAGCUCCCAAUGUUAAUCACAGACGCCCUGCAAACCGGGGGUUGUAGUGUCGUUUCCAGUGGCGACACAAUCUAUAACCACGUCCACAUCGAAGACCUGGCGGCGCUGUAUUUGAUUCUGCUCCGCAAUAUCUGCGCGAACAUUACAAUCCCUUCUGGUCGCAAAGGAAUCUAUUUCUGUGAGAGUGGCGAGCACUCACACUUCGAGUUUUCGGAACGCCUGGCUCAAGCCGGUCACGAGUUGGAGGUUUUCUCAUCCAGCGAGGUCUCGAAGAUCACUAUUCAGGAAGCGGGUGAGAAGUGGCUUUUCGGCAACGCUGCUGGUGCUGAGUUGGGGUUUGCGUCUAAGUUCGUUCCCUCCAUCACUCUUCCCUUGUCUAUGACUGUAUUUGCUGACAUUCGAUGCCAUCUGAUUAGCUCUCGUAUCAAAGCCGUUCUUGCUCGCAAACUAGGAUGGGCUCCGUCGUAUGCUGGAGAAUGGGAGAAUACGUUCCGCACUGAGCUGACUGAGUUUAUCACAAAUCCUCCCGCCCGGCGAGAGAUUCCCAAAAUCCCGGAGAAAAUAGAGCCAGAGGGAUCACGCUGA